CAGGACCCGGAUCAGGACCAAGGACCAGGGACCAGGAGCAGCUAAGUCCACCAUGUCAGAACCCAUCAAGAGGAAGAGCUCCAGCAGACAGCUCCUGCAGAACCUCAUCAGGUCUGAUGAGGAGCUGAAGCCCAGCUGUCGCUUGGUUCUGGAGGAGGAUGAAGGCUUCAGCGACUGGAGUCACAGGCUGGAGAACCGUAACGAACAGGAGGUGCCGAAUAAGUGCGGCGCCAGAAAGCAGAAGUCUUCAACAUCACAGUGGAAACCAGAACCUGCAGUGGAGAAACAGCAGGAGGACAAAGACGAGGGAUGUAAGCUACAACAGAAGAAUCAAACCCAGGAGGCCGCCACGAGGCCCACAGAGAAGAUGUCCAACAUCAACAGAAAGGAAGCAAGGACGUCUUACAGCUCAUCAGUUUUCCUUCCACAGGACGUCAAGCUGCCUGACAGGACGUCCUACCUGGUGGCAGGGACGAUGAAGACACGAGGAGGGGCCUGCAGGGUGGAUGAAGAGGUGACUCAGGAGCAGCAGAAGGAGGAGAAGGAGGUGCAGCCUGAGCUGCAGAGGGAGUGGAGGUCCCAUCAGAAGGAGGAGAAGGGGGUCCAGCCUGAGCUGCAGAGGGAGUGGAGGUCCCAUCAGAAGGAAGAGAAGGAGGUCCAGCCUGAGCUGCAGAGGGAGUGGAGGUCCCAUCACAAGGAGGUACAGCCGGAACUGCAGAGGGAGUGGAGGUCCCAUCAGAAGGAGGAGAAGGGGGUCCAGCCUGAGCUGCAGAGGGAGUGGAGGUCCCAUCAGAAGGAAGAGAAGGAGGUGCAGCCUGAGCUGCAGAGGGAAUGGAGGUCCCAUCAGAAGGAAGAGAAGGAGGUGCAGCCUGAGCUGCAGAGGGAGGGGAGGUCUCAUCAGAAGGAGGAGAAGGAGGUCCAGCCUGAGCAACAGAGGGAGUGGAGGUCCCAUCAGAAGGAGGAGAAGGAGGUCCAGCCUGAGCUGCACAGAGAAUGGAGGUCCCACCAGAAGGAGGACAAGGAGGUGCACCCUGAACUGCAGAGGGAGUGGAGGUCCCAUCAGAAGGAGGAGAAGGAGGUCCAGCCUGAGCUACACAGAGAAUGGAGGUCCCACCAGAAGGAAGACAAGGAGGUGCACCCUGAACCUCAGAGGAAGUGGAGGUCCCAACAGAGCCAAAGACAUGAAGAUGAUGAGGAGGAAGAGGAGCUACGCUUCACUCAUGAAGAGAAGGAGGAUUUAAAAGUCAGGCGGGAGGAGAGAUAUAAAGAGGAAGAGGGGGAAGAAGAGGAGGAAGAGCACAAGAUGCCAGAUGAGUGGUCAGUGGAGAGCAGGAGCAGUGAGGAGAUGAACAGAAGAUCUGCGGUCUCUGUUUGCAGCAGCAGUGACGGGGAGGAGCUGUUAAACUGCUACGGACCCAUGAGCCCCACAUUUAAGAAACUCCUUGUCCAGUUUUACCCGGAUGAAGCAAACAGCAGAACCUCAACAGAUGGUAAAUGCAAGAUCAUCGAGAGGACUGAGUCUCUGAGGAAAAGCACCAGCAGCACAAAGAAGACCCCCCCACCUGUUCCUAUUUCAAGGAUUAACAAGAAACUGGAGCAGUACACACACGCCCUUGAGGUCUCAUCAAAAGAAAGCAGAUCAGGCAGUCAGGUGCCAACCGACCUGACGAGUCCAGCAGAACCCGUCUCCUCAAAGAAGAACCUGUUUGAGGGAGGAGAUGCCUGGAACCAGAACAGCAUGACAGUCACACCGUCUAAGGAUGCAGACAGUUUGAAAGUUGGUGUGGCUGAUCUCAUCAAUCAGUGGGUCAAAGGAGGUGAAGAUGCGAGCCGCUGCAGCUCGCCCUGCAGACCAGCAGACAGCUCAGCGGGUAAAAAAUACAAGUUUGUGGUGACGGGUCACGGGAAGUAUGAGAAGGUCUCUGACGAUCAGGACGGCAGUUAUGACGGAAACUGUCAGUCAGCUGAACCAUUCUAUGAAGAUUUGUGAAAGACAAUCUGGACUUGGAAGAAUUCCUCUCUUGCAUACAGCACAAACUUUUGCCACUAUCACUUCAUCAUUCCCUUCAUUUCAAAUCUUUACAGCUGUGUUUGAAAAUAUAUUUAAAGCCUGUCAUUAUUUUUCUCCUGUGAAACUUUGGUAUCAUUUUACUAAAGGUAGUGAAGUAGAGUCUUUUUCCUGUUUGCCUGGACAGGUCGCCUCUUAUUUGUGAAUAAUAAUCUCAGCAGUAGUAAAUCUUCCAUGCAGCACAAUAAACGUUAUUAAAAA